CAGCCCCGCCUCCGGGGGCGGCCAUGAACGGAAGGGCGCGACGACCGCUUUGUGCCGCCCCCUGCCAUUGGCUGGGCGUGCGGGGCGCUCCUGUAAGCGCGGCGGCGAUUGGCGGCGGAGCGCCAGGAGGGACGCGCGGCGGGGGCAGCAUGGCCGGCGAUGAGAGCUGGCGGCCCCCGCGGCCGUGCGAGGAUUACUGGUGGGAGUGGAAGCACUGCCGCGGGCUGCGGCACGCCUUCCACCACUACUACGCGCACGGGGAGCUGCCGGCCUGCGGCCGCUGGCGGGAGGACUACGCCGCCUGCCGCGCCUGGGAGAAGGACCGCGCCGCCGCCGCGCGGGAGGCGCUGCGCGAGAGCGAACGAGCGCCGGUCCUGGAGCAGAAGAAGCACGGCGCGGUGUGGCCGCUGCGGCGCUGCCCGCCGCCCGACUGGCACCGCCCGCUCGAGCACGGCCCCGCCAAGUAGCGGCCGCGGGGCUCUGCCGUCACGGGGCCGCAGCUCCGCCCCGCGCUGUUGUCCGCCUGCACUUCAGUAACGCUCAGAAAAGCGAAAUAAACGCCCGCUGAGUUUGAUUCAGUUACUACGAAAAUAAAGGUUUAAACGACUGAA